AUGCCCUUGGAAGACAAGUCGACUCGAAGAGUUUACGAUCGUGCCUUACCAAUGUGCCAAUUCUAUUUGACUACGCGUAGAGCUCGGAAAAUCGGCGAGAAUUUGUUCCAUCUUGAUCCUCCAGGGAUGGGACCACAUCGAAUACUGUACAACGCCCUGUGCAAAGUCGGUGACAAAGUGGUCUAUCCGAUUCUGCCGACGUUCGCAAAACCAGCGUGGAACCAUCCAGCUGGGCCAAAAACCGUCUUUUUCUGGGCCCCAACCAUCAAAUGGGCUCUCGUAGCGGCUGGUCUGGCCGAUCUCGCUCGUCCUGCACACAAACUGUCACCCUACCAGGAAGUUAAGCAGUUCAUUUGGAAUGUGCCACGUGUCCCUUCCCAUUUGGGAUUGUACCUAAAUGGCUAG